AUGUUGUUAACACCCGUGUUAGCCAAACUCUUAGACAGUUAUCCUGUACAACACCUGAGGAAAGUAUGUCCAAGGAUUGACACCAGUAAAUGUGGUGCAAUACAGGGUAGUUCAGCAACACAUGCUCUCUUGAAAAUCCUCCAACCAAUCUACAAGGAGUUAGAUGACAGCAAAUACUUUGCAAUACUCCUUCUAGUUGAUUUCAGCAAAGCGUUUGAUCAUAUUCACCAUGGAAAACUGCUGGAAAAAUUACAAAAUAGUAAUGCUGAUCCUGUAAUGAUUCAAUGGUUUCAAAGUUUUGUAACAAAUCAUGUGCAGCGAGUAAAGAUUGGAAAUGAAAAAUCGGAUUGGGCAACCGUCAAUGGAGGUGUACCACAGGGAACCAUCAGCAGGCCAGAUCUAAUCAUCCAUAUGGUGGCGGAUCCCCAAACGGAUAUACCAAAUGUUAAAUUUGUGGACAAAACCACCUUCUUUGAAAUUUUACGAAAAAGUGAAAAUUCUCAGAUGACAUCCUCCAUCAAAUCAAUCAUGGAAUGGUCUGCUGUAAACCAACUGGGCAUAAAUGCAACCAAAACCAAAGAAAUCAUCGUAUCUUUUGCCAAAGACCCUGAAGUGGAAAAUCUUUCUAUGAAUGGAACAGAAAUAGAAUGA